CAGUUGACGGACUGUAGGUGAGGCAGCGGUGCAAACAGCUCUUCUGUAUUAAUGCUGAAUAACUCAAGCCAUGGAGCUAUCAGAGUCUGAACUGGACAGCUUAAGUCCGGAGGAGCCAGAUGAUGUCUCAGAUGGUGAUUUUGAGCCCAACAUUAAGACUGUAAAAAGAAAACAAAGAGCAACUGUGGAAGCAUUGUCUCCGAAACGUCUCAGACGGAGAGCAGGCAGCAACCUCGGUUCUUCUUUCACACAUACACACAGUGACCCUCCAACACCUAAACACACCAUCCCUGCACAGCCUGCGACAGAGGAAGUGGAGCGGAGGGAGAGGGGAAGCAUGUAUGAAGCUGUGAGAUCAGGAAGGUCUGCACUGGUGACGGUGGUUGAUGAUUGGCUGGAUGAAUAUAAGCAGGAUAGACAGGAAGGGCUUCUGCAGCUGAUUAAUUUUGUUGUCGAGUGUUGUGGCUGUAAAGGUGUGGUGACCAGGGAGAUGUUUAAUAGCAUGCAAAAUGCUGACAUCAUCAGUCACUUGACCAAAGAAUUUAAUGAGGACUCUGUGUGUUACCCGCUGGCUGUGACAGGGUCUCAGGGCAGGCGUUUUCGUGAUGGAGUGUGUGAGUGUGUGCAUCAGCUGGUGCAGCGCUGCAGGAACAGUCUGCUGUAUGAUGAGUACACAUUUUCUGCACUGAUCUCUUUCCUCACAGGGCUCGCUGACUCCCAGGUCCGAGCCUUCAGACACACCAGCACACUCAUCGCAAUGCAUGUGAUGUCUGCAAUAGUAGCUGUGUCUGCAGACAGGCUUGCUCAGACUGACAUGACACACAGACGCUGUGAGCUGGAGAAAAAGAAGAGCAUCUCACAUAGAGCCACUGAGAGACUGGAGGAGCUGCAGAACUCCUACAAUGAGCUGCUGGAGCAGCAAGAGGAGCUACGCUCUCUGAUGAACGGGAUUUUUAAGGGAGUGUUUGUUCAUCGAUACAGAGAUAAAGUACCUGAGAUCCGGGCUAUCUGCAUGGAGGAGGUGGGGGUGUGGCUUCGAGUAAACCCCGCCUCAUUCCUCAGUGAUAGGCACCUCAAAUACCUGGGCUGGAUGCUGCAUGACAAACAGGCCAGUGUGCGGAUGCAGUGUGUGUUGGCUUUGCAGAAGCUUUAUGAAGAAAAAAGUUUCAUCAGUCGUAUGGAGCUCUUUACCAGUCGCUUUAAGGAAAGAAUAUUAAACAUGGUGCUGGACAAAGAUGCUGAUGUUGCUGUGGAAGCUGUCAGACUGCUGCUGGUCAUAAAGCAGAGGACGGAGGAUGGUGUUUCUGAAGAGGAGUGUAUGCGUGUAUAUCCACUGGUAUUUGCUGCACACAGAGGACUGGCAUGUGCUGCGGGGGAGUUUCUGUACCAUGUGCUGUGUACUGAGGUUAAUAACGUACUAGAGGGGGAAGUAGAAAAGCACAGAGUCACUUUUCUCAACCUGCUGGUCUGCUUCUUUAUUCAGAGCAAGUAUCAUGAGCAUGCUGCAUACCUGGUGGACAGUCUUUGGGGUGUGGCAGGGCCAGAGCUAAAGGACUGGGAGACAAUGACAUCACUGCUGCUUCAGAAGAAAGAGGAAGAGCAAGGGCUGAACGAUGAUGAAGAGUCUGCUCUGAUUGAGCUGAUGAUCUGUGCAGUGAGACAGGCAGCAGAGGGAGCACCACCUACAGCACGCUCAAUGGGGAAAAAGAGUGUAAAGGGCAAGAAACAACAAAUGCAAGAGAAGAAACGCAUCACCAAUCAUUUCAUACCACUGCUGCCACAACUACUUAAUAAAUUCUCUGCAGAUGUGGAUAAGGUGACAUCUUUGCUCCGAGCUCCUCUGCAUUUUGAACUGGAUGCUUAUGGCAUCACGGGCCGCCUGGAGAGGUAUCUAGAGCUGUUGUUGACUCAGGUGUGUGAGAUUGUGGAGAAGCAUCAUGUGGAGUGUGUGCUGGAGGCAUGUGUACGUGUCUUAUGUGUGUUGGGCUGUGAUCAAUACCCUUUCUCUGUACGAGCUGAGAGAGCCAUCGGUCAGCUGCUGGACUCCACACUGGAAAGAUUUAACACACAUCUCACUGAUGUCCUGCAGGGAACAGCUGAUGAAGAUGAUUUGUUCAUUGCUGCAACUUCUCUUAAAAGACUGGCUGUCUUCAGCAGUGCCAGAGAUCUGACUGCAUUACAGCUGUUUGAGCCCUGCCUCCAGCUGCUGAGGACUGGAGUCGAGUCGAGAGAGGUGGAUACAGAGUUAAUGGUGUGUGCACUGAAGUGUGCUGUUUUCCACCUGCUGUGGAAGAGAAUGAAGAUCUCACGUAUGCCCGACCCUAAUAAAGCUGAGGUGAAGAUGAUGAUGAAGGAGGUUUGGUCGUUCUGUGUGGUGUGUCAGAACUGUCUGUCUGUGGGUCACAGUGUUCUAAGAGAUCAGGCGUUUGUAUGUUUGUGUGAUGUGUUGAUAGUGUUUGGGCAGGGCAGAGGCAGACCUGCUGAUAUGUGUAUUUGUCCUGAUGAGACACUCGGGGCUGAGAUGGCCUCGUUUCUGAUUGAUUACAUAUUCACUGAGGAUGAGGAUGCAGGUGAGAAUGAGGAGGAGAUGAUGGUCACUCUACAGCGCAGAAGGAAUCAGCUGGCAGGUUACUGUAAACUCAUCAUCUACGGUGUGUUAGAGCUCAGAGCAGCAACUGAUGUCUUCAAAUAUUACAGCAAGUUCUAUAGGGAUUAUGGGGACAUAAUAAAGGAGACUUUAAGUAAGUCCAAGAUGAUGAACGCAGAAGAGAGUGCAAGAACAGUCUGUCUGAGCCUGCAGCAGCUUUACUCCUCUUUAAAUGAUGAUGGUUUGGAUAAGGGACUGAAGGAGAUCAGAGACUUGGCUAAGAAACUUGCCAUGAGCUUCAGUGUUAAUCUACAGCACAUUCGCAAACCUCUUCUAGCCCUGCACCAGGAUGGAAUUCGUUUUGCGCUGAGAGGAUCUGAAGAGGGUGAUGACACUAAUUUGGGCUUCCUGGAGAUUCUCAGUGAAUUCAGCCACAAACUGAUUAAGCAGGACAGAGCACAGCUGUUGGAUUAUCUGCAGCGUGUGUGUAAAAACGUUUCUGUGAGCAUGAGCAGAGUGAGCAUGUACAGGCGCUCACUGCGUUCAGGAUCCAGAGAGACCCCGACCAUCACCCCACAACACACACCAGCAAAGAGACUCCGCACCACUGACGGAUCACUAAGCAGUUUGGACACUCCUAUUCUCACCUCUACAGUUCUGCAGAGUCGUGCUGCACCCACACACACACUCUCUCCACCUGCAUCUGCAGAGAUCAGCUUGGAUCAGCCAUCAGAGGAAGACUUUUCAGAUGGAUGUGUACAGAGGCUGGUAUCCAGCAGGAAAGAGCAGCAGAGUUCUGAACACAGUGAUGUUGAGUCUCAGCUCCACAUGCUCUCUCUGAUUGAGGAGGAUUUUGAAGAGGAAAAUGAAGCAGAUCAUCCUGAGAUUGAGGACUAUGAUGAGGAGGAAGACUCAGAUUUAGACGUGUCUCUGCCAUCAACACGGCACUCCACCAGUUACCUGGAAGAGCUGUUUGAGUGAGAGACCCUGACACGUACUGAUGCUGCGCUCAUUCAGACCACAGGGGGUUUGUGAUUAAUGGCUUAAUGGUUUCAUUUUGUUUGAUGUUUGUGUUUAUAAAGGUUGUAUUUGUUUACACUGGGAAUUUAUGGCAACAACGCCUCGUUCCUUUAAUGUUUUUGUUUAAUAAAGAGCACAAAAGCUGAA